CCAGUCCAGUAGGUGGCGGUAAUGCACCUGUAAGCUGGUUUGCCAACCGCCAAUAAACACCAAAGAGAGAGUAACGCACUCUCGUACAGUGGGGGGGAGAAGAAAAAGAAGAAGAAGAGCAUGCGACACAAUAGUGAUUAUGGAGGGUGAUGAGAUCCAGAUGGGCAGAGAGGAGCUCCAAAAGUGGGUCAGAAGGAAGGUGAGGAAGAACAAACUGAUGAUCUCAGAUGUGUUGGAGAAAUGCAAUCUGCUGCAAUCUCUGCUGGAAAAGAGGGAGAAACAGGCUGCCCAGCUCCUGAGGCUCUGCCGGUCUGUGUCAGCAUGUGAAGCGACUGUGAAGAAACAGUACUCUUUGCUGGGGUGGAAAUACAGAGACACAGAUUCUGAUGAUGACGAUAACAUAACAGGAUGUGGAAAUACAGUUCCCAGCCCUCCAACUACUAAUGGCCCUACUCCUCUGAUACCAAAGCUGCAGUACAGUGAGAACCUCCAUAGAGAUAAUAGCAAAAGAGUCAGUCUAAAGAGAAAACCAGUGGUGGUCUUGACCAGACUUUCUUCACGCAAGAUCAGAUCUUUACGUCCUCCGACGCCUCCGAUGCCUUCGAAUCCUCUGAAUCCUCCGAAUCCUCCGAAUCCUCCGAAUCCUCCGACGCCUCCGAAUCCCGACAGUGAAGAUGAAUCCUCACAUUCGGGCUCUGAUGUGCAGUGGGAACCACAAGAUGACUCAAGUGAUUCUGAUUAUUCCCUCUCAAGUAAUAACAGUUGGUCAAACAAGAGGAGAAAACUAGAUCAACAGAAUCAAAAACCUGUGAGUCACACAACUAGACAAGCUAGCACAAGUACAGAUGCUCAGAGCAACGUAACGAAAACAUCCACACCGCCAGCAAACACCAACGCAGUAUACCCUGUGUUCGUAACUACUCUUCUCCAAACUCCUGUAGAAGCUAGAACCAAGACCCCUCCUAGCGUGCUACACGAAGAGCCCAAGGUGGACAUGACUGUCCUGGCCAGACAGAGAGCCAUGAACUGGCAGCAGGGGAAAAUCACGGAAAUAAUUACAAAGGGUACUAGGUUGAAAUACAAGAUCCAUAGUGAGGAGAAGGGGAAGAGCCUAGUCUCUGGUCACCAUAUCGCCUUUGACCGCAUGCCAAAGGUGGAGCAGCUGUUUGUCGGUGCUCGUGUGCUGAUGAAGCGUCAGACUGACCAGUACCAGUUCUGCGCUGGUAUCCUGGGAGAGCUCCCCAGCAGAAAGAACCGUAUGAGUUUCCUGGUCUUCAGUGAUGAUCACACGCCGGCCUAUGUUGGCUUACCUUUACUUCGCCUGGUGUGCAGACCAUUGACGGACCCUUUGGACGAUGUUCCACAUGGAUUCCACAGGGAUUUCUUGAAGGAGUAUUUGAAGGCGUGGCCUUACCCGCCCCAGACCCAAUACAGGGUUGGACAGGGAAUUAAUAUAGAAUUUGAAGGAGUGAUGCAGAAGUGUGAUGUGAAGGCCAUCAUCGGCAGCUUGAUACAAGUUGUUGUUUCGACGGAUAAACGUGAGGAGUGGAUCUACCGAGGCUCCCCAUGCUUGCAGAACAUGAUUCGUUUGAGGGAGUUGAAUAAGAAAAAGGGGCAGAAUAAUAAAUCUCCCAAAGUCAAUGAAUCAUCAAAGUCGGCACACUGAUGGGACCAUGAAUGUGUUAAGAGAACUGGAUGCUGUGUUACAAGAUGGCGACCCAUACAUUCAGUGAAAGUUGCUCACCAAGAAUACACU